AUGAACUUCCAGGCUCUUCCCACACUCCAGCACCUGAAAAUUCAGUUGCUGCUGAAUCAUGAAGACUUGGCUGUCUCUGCUCUGAAGGACCUCCCCUCAGUGUUUUUCCUACCACUGUUCAAGGAGGCCUUCACUAAGAGACGACGUAAACUUGUGAAGCACCUGGUAGUAACUUGGCCCUACCACAACCUCUACAUUGGCCCUCUGAAACACAGCUUCAAUUUGUAUAACUUCAAGGGUGUUUACUAUGGAUUAGAUUGGCUGAGUAAUCAGAAGGUUUGGCCUAGGAGGUGUAGAUUGAAAGAGGUCUAUUUGCUGGAUGCCAGACAUGAGUUCCUGGUAAUAAUGAAUCCAGGACAGGAUCAUCUCUGCACACCACCGCCCCAACAAGAGGAGGAAGAUCCCACAACAGUGCUGAGGAAACCAAUAACUGUUUAUGCUGACUCUGCCUUCAUGGCAGAUAGUCUCAAACCCUACCGUGAUGUCUUGGAGGAGAGUUUCAGUGAGAGAUUGACUAUAAUGAGCUUGAAUUUUAAGGAGAUGGAACCGCAAAAGAAGGCUCAGAUACAAGGUGUUAGAUCCCUUGAGAUAUCCUGGGAUCUGUAG